UCUCUGGCACUCUGCCUCUGCCUCUCUCUCUCCCCUUCCCCACCAGGGUCAUACCCAGGGCGGCCGCUUCGUUACCAUUGUACUCGUACUGCUUUGCUCUCCCUCGGCCACCGAAGGUUCUCUCUCGUACAGGGCGCGCGCGCGCGCGCAACUUUUCCUUCCGUCCGUCUUGCUCGAACCAUGACCCCUACUCCGUACACCACGCAACCACCCAUCAACGUUGUCCGUCUCAUGGAUGAUGGAUCUCCCCCUCCCCCCUCCCCAACACCAACAACCCCCUGCCAACCGCCUGAUGCUUAA